GCCGCGCACGGAACACGUCACGAGGCGGCAUGGCGGACAUGGACUUCGGGCUCGGCUCCCUGGGCCCCGGCAUGGCCAUGUCCGCGGCGGACGCGCUGUCUCUGCCCGCCGAGGCCUACGGCAACCACGAGCAAGUGGAGAUGCUGUGGGCCAUGAAGGCGCACGAGUUCGCGGAGGUGCAUUACAAUCUGCUGUGCUCCGUCGAUCCCCGCUUCUUGCAUCUAUCGCCAAACGACGAUGAGAUCUACUCGGCUUUCCGCGCCGCAUUCCCAGCGCUCCCGCUGAAAUCUCUCAGCCACGAGCAUCUCAAGUCUCCGGAAGCCAAGGAGAAGUGGCGCUCCUUCUGCCUAGAGUUUGAGGGCAGAGUCGACGACUUUAACUUCGGGACGCUGCUGAGACUGGAGAGCGCCGAACCGUACUCGGAAAGCAACACCAUCCUAGCCACCAGGAUCCAGUUCCUGGCUGUGGAGAUUGCGCGCAACCGCGAAGGACUCAACUCCAAGCACUGGGAAAGACCGGGGAGCGAGGGAGGGGCCGUGUCCACCACCAAAACGGGAGCCACUGGGACAGAUCCCUCAACAGCAGCCACAGACUCAUGCAAGCAGGACCUCUGACCCUUUCACCAAUCAGGUGGUACCCACUCCAAGUGGCAGGGGUUCUACCAGCGUCCUCACGGGGUCAAAGGAGAUUUGGACUUUGUGCUUGCUGUGGUGGGACCUGGGUGUUGUCUAUCACCACCGAGCAUUUCCAGUGCAGCUGACAGUGAGAAAGGUGACACGGACAAGGAGGGCGCAAGCAGAGGAGUGUUUAUUGACUCGCACUUACACACAUAUACACAGGCGCAUACACGCCAUCCAUACUCCGGUUCGUCCCCACCACCCAGGGGGACCGGGCCCCCCUCAUAGGGCAGCUCCUGCCCCCACCUUAUUCUUCAGGCUGGAGGGGGCCUCAUGUGUUUGGGCUUGGUGUAAGUGCUGCCCCCUCCGCAAAGUGCCAAGUGAAUGCCCUCGCGCGUCAGCGCCCGCGCUUGAGAACAAAAUAAACCGCGAGUUUGUAAA